UCAACUGUCUGUCUUCUUGUUAUAAGACACCGUCACUCGUUUCUAACUACCAAAGUCAUUCUUUAUAUAAUACUAGUCAUUCUUUCGCAUCAUGCAUUUCAAGACCGUUGCUACCUCGCUCCUCGUGGCCGGAGCGGCUGCCUCUCCCUUCCGCCGCCAGACCUCGAACGAGACCUUCUGCGAUGAGGACUUCCCCGCCCCUCAGCCGAGCAGCACCAAAGCUCACUUCCCGCCUUACCCCGUGAACACCACCAUCCCGGGUGUUCCCUCCACCCCCGGCGGCUCUUACCCUCCCCCGUCAAACCCUGGAAACGGAGGCAACACUGGCUCCGGUUCUGGUUCGGGCUCUGGUUCUGGUUCCAACACUGGUUUCGGAUCUGGCUCCUCCGGCUCCGGCUCCGGCUCUAACACGGGCUCCAACACUGGAUCCUCAACUGGCUCCAACACCGGUUCUAACACUGGUUCUAACACCGGCUCCAACGGCGGUUCCGACAAGGGCUCCGAGAAGGGCUCCAACAGCGGCUCUUACCCCGGAGGAGGCAAGCCUGGAUCCGGCGGCUCGUGGCCUUCCGCUGCUCCCUCCGCUGCCGCCUCUGCUCCCGCCGGCAACGUCCCCUCGUACCCGGGCAAGCCUGCCGCCGGCUCUUCCUACAUCCCCUUCCCCCAGAACACCAGCAUUCCCACCGCUGCUCCCUCCUUCACCACCAUCCCCGGUGUUGCUCUUCCCACCGAGCCCAUCGCCGUCCCCAGCACCACCGUCCCCGCUGGCAACAACGACACUAUCCCGGCUUCCACCUCCAGCACUGCCUCCGGAUCCGCCUCCGCCAGUGCCACCGCCCCGGCCACUAACAUUCCCUACGGCGUUGCCAUCACCAAGUGCACAGUCGAGGGUGACUUUGCUCUCACCUUUGACGACGGCCCGUUCACUUACACCGACCACGUCCUCGACCUCCUCGCCGAGGCUGGCGCCAAGGCCACUUUCUUCGUCAACGGCGAGAACUUUGGCAACAUCGACAACUUCCAGGAUGUCGUCAAGCGCAUGAUCGCCGACGGCCACCAGAUCGGCUCGCACACCUACAGCCACCCCGACCUCGCCACCCUGGGCGACGCCGACAUCAUCCCCGAGAUGACCUCGCUCGAGGAUUCUCUCCUGAACAUCAUCGGAAAGUACCCCACUUACAUGCGCCCUCCUUACUUCAGCUGGAACGACAACACCCUCUCCAUCCUCAAGGCUCUUGAGUACCACGUCAUCCACGCCGAUGUCGACUCCCUCGACUACGCCAACAACGCUCCCCUCGGCAACCUCACCAGUGUGGGCAUCUUCGAGAAGGGUGUCGAUGCCGGUGGCUCCAUCGCCCUGGCCCACGAGGUUCACCAGAACACCGCCGAGUACCUCGUCCCCGAGUUCCUCCGCAUCAUCAAGGAGAAGGGCCUGAACGCCGUCACCGUCGGCGAGUGCCUGGGCGACGCCGAGGCCAACUGGUACAAGACCAAGCGCACCUCCACGCCCACCGCCACCGCCUCCAAGAUCGUCGUCUCCAUCACCAGCACCGCUACCCCCACCGGCAUCAUCGGCCCCGACGGCGCCUGCGGCGGCUCCAACAACUACGUCUGCGAGGCCGGCGCCUGCUGCUCCGAGUACGGCUUCUGCGGCACCUCCCAGGCCUACUGUGGUACCGGCUGCCAGCCCCUCUUCGGCGUCUGCGGUGUUGCCGGCCCCGUUGCCUCCGGCGGUGAUGCCACUUCCAGCGCUCCCGCUGCUACUCAGACCGCUGCCACCGGCGGCGUCAGCCCCGACAGCUCCUGUGGUGGCUCCAACGGCUACACCUGUCCCGACAGCACUUGCUGCUCUGAGUACGGCUUCUGCGGAACUACCACUGCUCACUGCGGCGCCGGUUGCCAGCCCAUUUUCGGCACCUGCUCUUAA